AUGGGCUGCGGGGGCAGCCGCGCCGACGCCAUCGAGCCGCGCUACCACGAGAGCUGGACGCGGGAGACCGAGUCCACCUGGCUGACCAACACGGACUCGGAGAGCCCGCCGCAGGGCGACGGCGCCGCCGAGCCCGCGCCGCGCGCCGGUACCUUAGAAGAUGGAAAAUCCAYGCAGACUGGUGUAACUACAGCAUCAGCCACAACUGGGAUUCUGAGCACGGAGAAGAAAGCCAGCGCUGGCCCUCGGAGCGGCAGCCCCGCGGCUCCUGCCGCCCCAGCCCGGGCACAGAGGCCCAGCAGCUUCAGAGCAGCAGAGAGCAAGCGGGACGCAAAGAAAAUGCCCAUGAAAGAAGCCACCAUUAGCGUUGCCAAGAGCCUCAGCCAAAGCGACCGGCGGUUGGCGAAGAACUGCGUCAACUAACGACGUCCAGCGAGCGCGAGGAUGGCCCUGCCCACCCUCCACUGCACUUUAAAUCAGCCAGGUAGCGUUUGARGAUUGCGAGACCUUCCGUGUCGAGCCCAGCAGGGAGCUGCUGCCGAGUGCCUUGGGAAACACGUCCUGCAGGAACCAGCGGCAAGCGCCCCGYGCGGCCCCGGCGCCCCUUGCCCGAGGAAGGGGCGCUGCACGGACGUACGCCAAGAUUUGUGCCGUUUGUUUUUACCAAGUGCUAUGUUGCCUACCCGUGGGUGGCUUGUUCUGCACUGCCGUUAGGACGAGAGAUAGAGUUGUUCUUAAUUUAAGGCAGGAAAAGAAAGAAUGAAUCAGUAUUUUUAGUCAUAAGGAGUUUGAAGCAAAUAAGCUCAAACCUACAGAGCUAAUUUAAAGAGUUCACUUCUGUAAAACUCAAACCCACAUAUCUCAAAAACAAAGACACAAAGAUGGCUUCCAAUAUAGCUCUUUUAAGCUAUAUAUUUCAGUUACAUAUAGUUAUGUCAUCUACUAACCUUUUAUAUAGUAAACUUUUAAAUAUUUAGUUCAAUUUAUUUUUAUGUUGACAGAAUUAUGUCUUAGAAACGAUAACUUUUAUAUUCCAGCCUUACUUGAACAAGUUCACAGUAUUAGCUGGCUGAUAGAGUUCUGGCUACUCUCUUUUUUAAGACAUACUCAUUUAAUUAUUUGGGGGCCCAAACUCUCUUCUCUAGACUGACUCUGGAAAAUAGUGAUCACUCACUCUAUAUGACAGUAACCAUACUUCUGAAAACAAUAUUCAACUCAUGAUAACUCCCACUAACUCAAUUACCUCCCAAUAACUCAAUUAUUUUGAUUAGACAUAGUUGAUUUGAGGUGCAGAAGAUGUAUUUAAUUGCAUUGUAUGCAUCCUGUAUCAUAGCACUCUGUUUUUCAUAAAUAUACAGCUAAAAGGAAUAUAAUUGUUCAGUGUUGUAAAGUCCAGUAAUGAAUUUAACAUAUUCUUACUAUAAAGGUAAUAAUAUAUAUUCUCUGUACGCGUAUACUUUUAUAAAGCUUAAAGAGGUAAAUUUAUUUGCCUCCUCCAUCGAACACAUAUAGGCAUCCUUUGAGGAUCAUUUAAAAUAACUACUCCAAAGUUGUUCAUAACAAAUGGGAUUGGGAAGGACACCUGAAUAUGUAGUUCAAGAAGCCUUUUUUACAUUUAGGCAUAUAAGUAUAAAUAGAACUGUGGAAGGGAAUCUUCAUUCUUUCCAUACUAGGACUAUUUUAAUGACUUGCUGCCAGCUGUAUGACUACCUAGCACUUUCCUUGGAGUACAACAAGCUUGUGAUGUCGGGAAUUGUUUAGGUAAAUAAUUGCUUUAUUAUUAUCCAACACAAAGACAAAGCCAAAUCCAGCGGCAGUGAGAGAUUUUUGCAUACAUUAGGAUAUGUAUUUUUAACAAAUCAUUAUUUUCACCUGUUCUAAAAAAAAGACAAAGAUCCUGUGCUAAGCUCUUUUCAGUUCAGCGUGCGACCUUUUAYAUGACUUUGCUGCGUAUUUACAUAGGAAAACUAAAAAAUGCWAAAAAUAAUGUUGCACAGGUAAAACAGGCUGUCUGCAUUUAUCCUUCCAACUUGUUGCAAACAAGCUGGCAGAGAGCAACACAGGACAGGACUCGCUCUAACAGUAAACAGAGCUAUAGAAGCUCAGCAAUAUUAAUUUAGAAAUGGAUGGCCACUGUUUUUGCCCAUGCACUAGUCAAAUUGAAAGCACACAUGCAGCCCUCUGCAUUAUUUGUGCACCGUUUCAGAUGUGGGCCAAACUUACACAGGAUUUACUGGCAGAGACAGUACAGUAUAAAACAGUAUGAUACAGAAAACAUAUGGAAAGCAAUCAGUGAUGCUGGUUUGUGUAAGGGUACAGUGGAUUUUGAAAGAAGGCAAAAGGGGAAUUUCAUUGCUUGCCAUUCCUUAAGAAGCUGUUCCACAGAUGGAUGUGAAGUUUGGGUGAAGAGAUACAAAGACAGGGGAUUUUGAGGAACAAGGUUUUUCACUAGCUAAGAAAUUAUUUUGUGAUGUGCUGAGCGUGAUGUGCAUCUAGUGCCUUGGCUCGCACAGCACGAGGAAGACUGCAGACUUGUAGACCUUGUAGAAAGGUGGGAGAAACAGCCCUCAGUGCAUGUCAACAGCCAGCGGGGAGUCGGGCUUCUGAGUCCUGUAUUCCAAGCGUGAGCAGCAUGGAUAGCAGGGCAUGGAAGUAGUGUGUAGUUAUCUGCACAGUACCACAGACCUUGGUCAUGCUGGCCCCAUCCCUCACGAGGAUGGCAGUCGUGGAGUCAUGAAGGUUGUCUGCUCUCAUCGACACCUCUCUCUGCUCAAUGUCACUCAUAGGACCUAGCUCAAGAUCUUGGGAACCUGUUUAUAUCCUGAGCCRUAACUUUAAGGUGUUCAAAGACAGAUCUGACUUGUGUUGGGAGCCAUGCCUACUCACAAGCAACCUUGUCAACUCUUGCCAUGUAAGAUAUCACUGUUCUUAUUUGUUAAGAGGUAACUGAAAAGACCUUACAUUACRUCUUUGAUAGCUUGUUAGUUCUUCAAGCACGAGUUCCCAACGACCUCAGCAGAACUAAGACUGUAUUCUGCCUCCGUGCUUACACUGGGUUGUAUUUGUGGUUUCCUUGCCUCUGCUUCCACUAGAGGCAACCAAUAACAGAAACAGUCAGUAUGGUUAUGAAAUAAUAUACCACUUGGUAUAAUUAAGGGUAACAGAGUCUAGUCUACACUGCUUAAGACAAAUUAAAAUUGCUAAAAAUAGUUUCCUGUGAAGGUUUUAAUGAAGGAGAGAGAGAGAGAGUCAUCUCAGAGAGUCAUCCGGGCCUCUUCAUUCCAAGGGACCUUUGUAGGAGUGAAGAGUUAUCUACAGGGUGUCUUCUUCAGCUAAGAUAUUUAAAAUAGAAGUGGCUCAAGUGCAGCAAAUAAAGCAAGUGUUAAGAGAUAUAUUCUUUUAGGUAAAAUACCUGCUGAAAUCUUUGGCUUAGUACRUGACAGGAUUUUUGAAAUGUAAUUUUUCCACACAAGGUAUUAUGCCACUUAAUUUGUUCCGCAUCCUUUGGCUGYAUGGGAAGAUUUGUAAAGCUACCCUGAAACAACAUUCUUUCUGUGGAAAAUACAUGGACCCUGGGUGAGCUUUUGUGAUUUGCUUUAGUUCAGAUUUUAAAUAAGAAUAAACUUCCUGUGUUAUGUUUCCACAAUUUCAAUGCAACACAAAGAUAGGACGUUCAUCUGUUAUGUUUAUACACAUGAAGUACAUUUUCUGCUGUUGUAUGAGAAAUAAAGUCACUAAAAUAAAGUUUAAAAUGAGCAUUUGCAUUUGAAUCCAAAGUAGCAUUUGGAUAAAGUUAUCAGUAGACAAAUUCAUCUUCUCUGGUAARUCCUUUGAGUUCA